UUUACUCGCUAAUUAAUCCGAUUCUAGGCACGAUGCUUUCGAUUCUCAAGAGAGGCCUCGUGCAUUCUUCGUUUUACCUCAAACGGGAAGUUUUGGACCAGGGCUGCGAUUCCAGGGUUGGGCGCUGGAGCUCCAGAUUCAUGGCGUCGGCGACGGCGGGCAAGGUCAUUACGUGCAAGGCUGCUGUGGCGUACGAGGCUGGCAAGGCGCUGAGCAUUGAGGAAGUGGAAGUAGCUCCUCCAAAGGCUAAUGAAGUACGCAUCAAAAUCACGCACACUGCUCUCUGCCACACCGAUCACUACACACUCAGCGGACAGGAUCCAGAGGGGCUCUUUCCAUGCAUUCUCGGACAUGAAGCGGCCGGGAUUGUGGAGAGUGUUGGGGAGGGUGUCACCGAUGUGAAGCCAGGAGACCACGUUAUUCCCUGCUACCAGGCCGAGUGCAAGGAAUGCAAAUAUUGCAAGUCCGGGAAGACAAACCUGUGCAUCAAGGUUCGUCCAGCAACCGGCAAAGGCGUGAUGCUUGCUGAUGGCCAGCCGAGAUUCAGUGUCAAAGGAAAGCCUAUCUACCAUUUCAUGGGAACCUCGACUUUCAGCGAGUACACGGUUGUCCAUGACGUUUCAGUGGCCAAGAUAAAUCCGGAAGCGCCGCUAGACAAGGUUUGCUUGCUUGGAUGCGGUAUUCCUACAGGUCUUGGUGCCGUGUUCAACACUGCUAAAGUUGAGGCAGGAUCAACAGUAGCAGUUUUUGGGCUUGGAACAGUCGGCUUGGCGGUCUGUGAGGGAGCCAAGAAAGCUGGAGCAUCAAGAAUAAUUGGAGUGGACAUGAAUCCAGCCAAGUACGAGCUGGCAAAGAAGUUCGGAGCAACCGAGUUUGUUAAUCCGAAGGACCACGACAAGCCAAUCCAGCAGGUGCUGGUCGAUCUCACAGAUGGUGGAGUGGAUUACAGCUUCGAGUGCAUCGGAAACGUCAAAGUCAUGCGCGCUGCUCUAGAAGCUUGCCACAGGGGCUGGGGAACGUCAGUGAUAAUAGGAGUUGCCGGAGCCGGCCAGGAAAUCUCUACGCGACCAUUCCAACUUGUGACUGGUCGAGUGUGGAAAGGCACGGCAUUUGGUGGCUACAAGAGCCGCAGCGAUGUUCCAAAGCUUGUCGAGCAGUACUUGCAAAAGGAAAUCAAGGUGGACGAGUAUAUCACUCACAACUUCAAGCUGGACAGUAUCAACGAAGCGUUUGAGCUCCUGGAAGCAGGCAAGUGUUUGAGAGCGGUGAUUCACAUGGAAUAGAGUACCUUUUCGUCUCUAAUGAAUGAAAUGGUGGCUCUCUUUUCUAGCUCU